GGACACAGGGGAUCCUAUCAUGUUUCUGGGAGGGAGGAGAAGGUGUGAGGGCAGAUGCGCGGGAGAUGGGCCGGACGGGCCGUGUCAACGAAUCCUUAAAUAGAACACUAGCCAACACAUGCACCAAUCAAAGACUGGCUGAAGCAUGCUCAGACAAAGACUAGCCAACGCAGACGAAUUCCAGGACAAAGCACAUCCCAGGAAGGCACAGGACUAAAGGCUGAAUUACAGAACAGUCCAGUUGCAGAGUUAAGCUGAGCCUGUAGGACACCUCCCACCGCUAUGCCUGCUGUUUGGCCAAGUCUUCUGGAUCUCAGCAGGGAUGAAUGCAAGAGAAUACUUCGGAAACUUGAACUUGAAGCUUAUGCUGGCGCUAUCAGUGCACUUCGUGCACAAGGGGACCUUACAAAAGAAAAGAAGGACCUCCUUGGAGAAUUGGCCAAGGUUCUUAGCAUUUCAACAGAGCGUCACCGUGCAGAAGUUCGUAGAGCAGUUAAUGAUGAAAGACUGAUGACCAUUGCACAUCAUAUGUCUGGGCCUAAUAGCUCAGCUGAAUGGUCCAUUGAAGGUCGUCGACUUGUACCUCUCAUGCCCAGGCUGGUUCCUCAGACAGCAUUCACAGUGACAGCGAAUGCAGUAGCUAAUGUGGCAGCUCUGCAUAAUGCCACUCUUCCUUCACCAGCUGAAACUGGUAACAAAGAAGUGAUUGUCUGUUACUCCUACACGAGUACCACUCCCACACCAGCUUCAACCACGGUACCUGGUGGGAGUGUAGCAACGGUCAAAUCUCCCAGGCCUGCCAGUCCAGCUUCCAAUGUUGUUGUAUUGCCAAGCGGUAGCACAGUGUAUGUCAAAAGCGUUAGCUGUGCUGAUGAAGAUGACAAACCUCGCAAGCGCAGGCGUACAAAUUCAUCUAGUUCUUCCCCUGUGGUGCUCAAAGAGGUUCCCAAGUCGGUCACGCCGGUCGCCAAAUCGAUUGCAGUCCCCAUGGGAAGCAGCCCGAAAGUAAGCAACAUUAUGCAGAGCAUCGCAAACUCCAUUCCCUCGCACAUGUCACCGGUGAAAAUUACUUUUACUAAACCCACCACCCAAACAACAAACACAACUACGCAGAAGGUGAUAAUCGUAACUACGUCGCCAAGCUCAACGUUUGUACCCAAUAUUUUGUCCAAGUCUCACAAUUACGCAGCUGUCACCAAGCUUGUGCCAACGUCUGUUAUUACCACCGCCACUCAGAGACAGCCAGUGGUCAUUACUGCCACACAGCCGCCUUUUACAGCUGGCAGUACACCUUCUCCUUCAUCUACGUCCAUCACUGCCGCUGCCACAUCUAUGAUUUCAUCAACAUCUUCUGUUGUGAUGUCAACAAUAGCCCAAGGUGCAUCUGGUACUGCAGUUAAAGUUACCGCAGCCAGGCUUCAAUCCCCCAAAGCACUUAUGGGCUCCCCAACCCAGAUCUUGACGCAGUUUCCCAAACAGCAGCAGCAGCAGCAAAUGUCACAAUCUCCACAGCAGCAGUCCCAACAGUCUCAAACAUCACCUGGUGUCAAACCCACCAUUCAAAUCAAACAGGAAUCGGUACUAAGGGCACCUUUUAGCGUUGUUCGUCCUGCGGCCCCUGGUCCCAAGAUGAUGCCGGAGGGCGUUGUUAUUUCAGGUGUCAAGAUUAUAACCCAGCAGAUGCAGCCAAGUAAAAUCCUACCAAAACCAGUUACGAUGCCUAGUACUAGCACUUCGCCCAUCAUGGUGGUUAGCAGCAACGGUGCCAUCAUGACAACCAAGUUGGUUACCACACCAACAGGUACCCAAACUACCUACACACGUCCUACAUUGAAUCCUACCAUCAGUGCCCGUAUGGCAGCAUCUACAGGAUCUACUACCUACAUGAAAACUACAAGUGGGAGCAUCAUCACUGUAGUACCAAAGUCACUAGCCACAUCCCUUGGAGGAAAGAUUAUCAGCAGCAGUAUCAUGUCAGGAACAACAACAAAAAUAACUACUAUCCCAAUGACGUCUAUGACGUCGAAACCAAAUGUCAUUGUUGUACAGAAGACUGCAGGGAAGGGAACAACCAUCCAGGGCAUCCCGGGUAAAAACGUAGUCACAACGUUGUUGAAUGCUGGGGGUGAAAAGACCAUUCAGGCAGUACCUGCAGGGACAAAACCAGCAAUUAUCACUGCAACAAGGCCAAUCACUAAAAUGAUUGUGGCUCAGCCAAAAGGGGUAGGUUCAUCAGUACAACCCACCACAAAAAUCAUCCCCACCAAAAUUCUCUACGGACAGCAAGGGAAAACGCAGGUUUUAAUUAAACCAAAGCCUGUAGCUUUCCAGGCCACGAUGGUGAGUGAGCAGACCCGCCAGCUGGUGAGUGAAACUCUUCAGCAGGUUUCAAGGGUCACGGAGGGAAGUAGCUUGUCUGGACAAGAAGGCAGUCUGAAAGAAGAGGCACAAUCCUUCGCUGAGGGCAGCAGUGGGAGCGGUUCCUCUAGUGACGCCGUACAAAUCUCGCAUGGCAAAAGCAGAUCGUACAUCGAGAUACAGAAAACACGAAAUAAUUAUUUGAACUCUCAGCAAGUGGUUCAUGUCAUUUCAUCAAGGAGCCAGGAUUGGACAGAACAUGAAGUUGCCAUGGACACCAGUCCCACAAUUAUCUACCAAGAUGUUUCUGGGGAACCCCAGUCAGCGACCUCUACCAUUAAAGCAUUGCUGGAACUCCAGCAGACAGGUAAAGAAAAGCUGGAGUCUAAAUCUCGGCAGCCUACCAUUGACCUCAGUCAGAUGGCAGUCCCAAUUCAAAUGACACAGGAAAAGAGACUGUCACCAGAAAGUCCAGCCAUCACUGCACUUGACUCAGAGCUGGCUUCAGAGUACUUCAGCUCUGGGAAAAGUAUCAAACCAACAGUGUCCAGUUCAAGUGUUGGUUCUGGCGAAGUAGCACUGACAUCGCUUUUACCAAGUGGUCAACAGCAGCAGACAGCACAGCCUCCUGCGGUGAUGAAAUCAGUUCCAGUAUCCUCAGCGAUUGCAGUCACACACAUUCUACAGCAGAUCCCGAUAAAAUUACAAACAGUUGCUGGUCAAGGUGCUGUAGCCAAGCAAGACGACUCUGAGGCUGAAGAAAGUGAAAUAGAGGAAGGGGACACAUUGGACCCACAAACGGGCCUCUUCUACAGGUCCAACACCUCAAUGCAGCCAUCCCAUCAGCAACAGAAACAACUGCAACAACCUCAGGAGGUGACACAGACCAAAUCCCCAACACUGCAGCAAGUGUCUGCAGCAACAACCCAGACACAACAAACCAUGCUGCAGGUGAUCGCAGUGAAAGCACAGCAGCCACAGCAACUUCCUAAACUGCUACACCAAGCACAACAGAAGCCACAGCUACAGCCCCCUACACAUCUGCAGCAUCAGCCGGAUAAGACCCAGCUAACUGUAAAACAACAGUCUGUCUCGUUAGAACAACCUCUUCCUGGCCAGGCACAGCCACCCAUCAUAACGCCAGGAACAACGGUCACCAAAAUAACCUUUGGAAAUUACCAAGCCACUACCAUCACGAAAACGGCCAGUGGCAGCUCAGAGAGUUCAGUAAUGGCAACAAACUAUUACACGGUGCAAUCUUCCAAAAAGUCAAUGGAAACAGACAUUUUAAAGAUUUCCAUGAUGGAGGCCCAGAUCGAAAUGAAUGCGGAAGCCUCCAGUGUAGACACUAGCAAAGAGAGGAAGCCCACUGCACAGAAAGUAAGCUCACUGCAGUCAGGCCCUUCAAAUAAGUUGCAGAAACCAGCUGUGACCCCUGUGCUAAAAGAACAGCAAAACAAACAGCCCCCAGAGAAGACCCUUCCACCUAGGGAGGCUGAGGGAUCUGGAAAGGCUGUUCAAAGCCAUUUUCUUCAAAUUCAGAAUGUAACACAAGAGAAGUCCGAUGAAAUAUCUGCAGAUAUUCUUAUUCAGUCUAUACCUCAGUAUUCCAUACCCAGCCAAUCCAGCUCAAAUGUAGUGGUCGAACCCAGUGGCCUCUUGGACAUCACAAACUUUACCAGCCAGCGUAUCGCCGAUGAAGAGUCUGUACAGUAUUCAGCCAUGGAACAUGAUGUGGACAGUAGUAAUGAAGAGGGUACGGAACCCUGUUCAACAGAAAGCACCACUGGACAGUCACAUUGAAAGGAAAAGGGGAAAAACAAAACUUGUACCAAGACAGUCUUCAAAGCCUGGAGAAAUCUGUCCACAAGGAGACAAACAUUUUUUUUAAAAAAUGUACAUAAAAACAUUUUUUAAAAAGGAAAAAAAACUGUAAAGAAUGUUCUGUAUACAUUAGACUUUUAAAAGUGAAA